UAGCAUGCUGUUUCUUUGCAGAAAAUGUCGUCACUGAAAAGUAGAAACUAUUUUGCUAUUUCUGCGAUUGUCGCAUUGGUUGCAUUUGGGCUAGGCAUUAUUGUUGGUGUAUUCGGAAUAAAUAGAUGUCCCAGCUCACCCUCGGUUGAUGAGGACGUUGCCAGACAGAUCAGGGAUGAAGUGAAAGCAUCAAAGAUUGAAGAAUAUCUAAGGUACUUGACGGAAGAGCCUCAUAUUGCCGGUCGAGAUGUAGAUGAAAAAAAACUUGUGGAAUAUAUUAAACGAAACUGGGAAGAUUCAGGCCUACAUGUCGAAGUUCAUCCAUAUGAUGUGCUACUUUCUUAUCCAAACCAAACUGACUCUAAUCUGAUAUCAAUCAUUUUUCAGAACGGCACAGAAAUGUACAAAUCUCAGCCAAGUGAGAAGAUUUUAGAUGAUUCUCAAAUAAGCGACAAAGUUGUCAAUCCGUUUAAUGCCUAUUCGGCAACCGGAGAUGUAGAGGGUCAUCUUGUGUACGUCAAUUAUGCUAGAGUAGACGACUUCAUUGAGCUUACGCGCGAUUUAGGUGUUGAUCCAGCUGGCCACGUAUGCAUCUCAAGAUACGGCAGAAUAUUUCGAGGUUCUAAAGCUAUGAUAGCGCAAGAAUACGGAUGCACUGGUUUAAUUUUGUACUCAGACCCAAUAGAUUACACUGUUCCCUGGUCUGGGGUAUAUCCAGAGGAUUGGUAUCUUCCUGGAACAGGUGCCCAGAGAGGAAAUUUGCACAUCGUCAAGGGAGAUCCUUUGACUCCUCAAUAUCCCGCAUUACCUACCGCUUGGAGAUUGUAUGAAAACGAGACCCAAUUGCCGGUUAUUCCUGUCACACCAAUCGGGUAUGAUGACGCAGUGCAAUACUUAGCAAGAAUGGGUGGAAACAAGGUUCCUGAUGACUGGAAAGGAGGAUUGAAUAUAACUUAUAACCUCGGCCCAGGUUUUGAAGGAGAAUUAAAUGAUACAAGCAAGAUAAAAAUGCACGUAACAACGAAAAAUGAAAGAGCGGUUGCGCAUAAUAUUUUUGGAUACAUAAAGGGAGAUAUUGAGCCGGACCGUUAUGUACUGAUCGGUAGCCACCGUGAUGCGUGGGUAUUUGGAGCCAUUGAUCCGUCGUCAUCGAUGGCUACGUUGAUAGAAUUGGCUCGAGCAAUGGGCGUUGCAGUAAAAAAUGGAUGGAAACCAAGGCGAACAAUUGUGUUUUGUAGUUGGGGAGCUGAAGAAUAUGGACUAUUAGGAUCAACAGAAUGGGUUGAGGAGUUUCAAAAGUUACUGUCAUCGAGAGCGGUGGCAUACUUGAACGUUGACUCGGUAGCUGUUGGAAAUUAUACAUUGAAUGUGAAGUCGACACCAAACAUGAACGAACUUAUUUACGAGUCAACCAAGUUUAUAAAAACGCCUCAUCCGAGUGAGAUUGAAGCAAACCGAAAUACAAUGUACGAUACAUGGGCAUUUAGAAGUUCUGAAACCAACGAUGUUCCCCCACCUAUACCGACGCUCGGAUCUGGUAGCGAUUUCACACCGUUUGUUCAAGUCACUGGAAUCUCAUCAAUGGAUUGUUCGUACACUUACGACGAAUCAAUCAACAUACGAUCAUAUCCUGUGUAUCACUCCGUGUACGAAACAUUUGAUCUGUACAAAAAAUUCGUCGAUCCGGAUUUCAGCAUAAGUAGGGCCGUUACUCAGAUGAUGGGAGAAAUUGCUCGUCGACUUUCUGAUUACCGAAUUUUGCCCUUCAAUUGCAAGGAUUAUGCUGCAAAACUUUGGGAAGAUAAGGCCUCUUUUGCAGAUGCCUACAAACCUCUCCUGGACAGUCACGGUAUCGACCUAAACGAAUUCGACUACGCGCUGAGUAACUUCACUUCUGCUGCUGAAGAUAUUCAUAAAAGAAUUGAAAAUCUUGAUGCAACAAAUGAAAUAAAACUUCGAUCCAUAAACGAUCAACUGAUGCAGCUUGACCGGGCAUUCAUAGAUAUGAAUGGAAUAGGGGAAAGAAUCAAUUUCAGGCAUGUCAUAUAUGCACCGAGUCUACACGACACUUAUGCUAGUUCCGCAUUUCCGGGGCUUGUCGACUCCCUAUUCGACAUUGAAGCAGAUCCAGAACAAACUAAACGAUGGAGAGAAGUUGAACGACAAUAUUCGAUUCUUCUAUAUCACAUUGGAUCUGCUGCUUCAACAUUGCGAGAAGUUAUUCCUGUCAAAGGAUAUUCUAACUAUUGAGAAAAAGAAAUAAUAAACUUAAAAUAGAAACUGUAUUCUGAACCGCUUUUAAAAUGCCAUGAAGUCAAAACCAGUUCCAAAUUUGAAAAAGUUGAACUAAUUGGCCGAGCUGCAUGCUUUUGCAUAAUUUCUACCGGUAAUAAAUGAUUCAGAGAUUGAAAGUUAUGGAAAUUGCAAUAAAAUAUUAUGCAGUGUGA